AUGCUAGAGGUGUUGAUUACAAUCAUUCCCUCGGUAUGCUGGCUACUAUACCACUUCUAUACCAUAUUGCAAACGCCGGUUGAAAAAAUCGUUCAAGAUUUGAAUAUCGAGAUACCACAUAUACCAAACAUCUGCAUAGACUCAAUAAAUGAGUCUUCGAUUGUGAUCCACUGGGAUAUAGAGGUGAACAGUGAUGAAAACUUGUAUUACAUUGUUGUAAUUAAUGGGCAAGAGGUGGCUACAUUAACAUCGACGUCUUGCAGAUUGAACAACUUGGAACCCAAGCAAGUUUACACCGUUGAAGUCGUUGCCAGUAAUACGAUAACAAAUUUCAAGUCCAAGUCGAGGGCUGUCUAUGUGCAGACUUUGAAUAAAGACGAUGUGAAGGAAUUCGUGGAAAAGACCGACCUUUUGGAACCGGUGCCUACUGAGUCAAAAGUUGGUGACGAAAACUUGAAUGCAAUAACGAUUGAACAAAUAAAGGAUAUUGAAGAUCCCAAAUUGGUGAAUAGCUACUUGAUUAAAGCUCAGAAUGAGCUUUCAAAGUGCAAUUCCGAGAACAAGAGCUUUCAAGUGGUGGCCAAAGAUGAACAGGUUACUCUACAGGAGGAGCUAAAUUUUUACAGGUCAGAGUAUGAAGAGGAGACGGACUCAAAGAAUAAAAAAGACAGCGAUGUGAAAUCGUUGGAAAAGGUGAAAAACAACUUGUCUUUUAAAAAGUCAAAAUUGAUGUCACAUUUAAACAACAUAAAGAAUUCAUUAGCUAUUUUUAAUACCAAAUUUCAGGAGAAUGAUGUAAAAAUCAAGAAAUUGAGAGAACGGAAUCAGCACUUGAAUGCGCUUGAAGUACAAGCGAGAGCGACAAUCAAUGAGCAGAUCGAACAAAUCCAGCACCAAUUAAUAAAGGACAAACAGCAGUAUGAAAGCGUCGAAGAGUCAUUAAAGAGUUUGACAGUGGAGAAAAAGGACACUGUUCUGUUGAUGAACAAGCUUAAGCCACUUUUAGACCAAUUUAACAAUCUAUCAACACCUACCAAUGAACACUCUGCAUCGCCAAGUCCUGGUCCCAAUGGCUCGUCCACCUCGCUUCAUCUGCUAAACACGUCCAUUUUUAACAAAGAUGGCUCUCUAACCAAGAAUGCUUUUGACGCAUUAUUGAAAAUCUUUCAAUUAAUACCUUCAUGGCAAGAUGAAAUUAUGUUGGAAAUUAACAACUACCAAGAAAUUGAAAACCAGUGGAAAUCAGCAUUCAAGACGGAAGUAAAAACUUUUGUCACCAUUCACCAAUCAUUAGAAAUUGCCAAAUUGAAUAAAGACGACAGUUACCAGCCAGUCAAGUUGAACGAAUACCAAGCAUCUAUUGAAUUUGGCGGAUAUGGAAACGCUUUGCCAAAGCCCAAGUUUAGUCAAGCAAAGAGUGAAGGCAAAAGGACCAAUGGAGAUCCAGAGGUUGAUACUUUUCACAACUAUUACGGCCAAGUCUACACCAAUAACGAGAAUAAAAUUCCAGUAAACUCACAAACAUCUAUACCGUCAUAUGCUCAGGAUAAUUAUUACGAGGAACUGUACAUGCAACAACAACAACAACAACAACCACCACAACCACCUCAGCCUGUAUCAGAAGUUGCUGCGAUGGACGAUUUUCAAUCUCGUGAUGGUGACCAGUCCUACAUUAGCUUGAAGCAAAUCAACGCUAUGGCAAGAGGUGGAGAAAUUAAUAUUGGUUCUCCGUUGCAAUCUGAUUUUAGUGAUCCUGCAAUGAAUGAACCUUCGAACCAGAAUGCACCUGUUUUCAAUUACAAUAUUCAGCAAAGCGGCCAGUCUCACCAGGUGACGUCUCCAGUCGCUCAAAAUUCGCUUUUGUAUAGCAAUUUAACAACACCAAUGCAUGUUCCAACAACGCAAGGCUUGGAGCCAAGAUUUUACAAUAGAGGUCACUCUACAUCCUUAUCAGAGGUGUGGAAUUACCCUCAAGCUACAGGAGCUGGCUCUUCCUUGAAUGAAUAUGCCAAACCAACAGCAGGUCGUACCAUGCAGAAUGGGUUUCUAGUCUCUCCGUCACAAAACAUCUGGCAUAAUGAAAGAGGUGCGGGUCUUGGCGCAACAAUGUCUAGCAAUUCGCCAAUAUGGAGAAAUGAACUUUAUUCCAAUCUUCAACAAGGUCAUAAUCAACAUUCGGCAUCGCCUCAACCUAGAGAAUUUCAACCUUUUGGCGACCACAUCAAUUUGCUAAAUACUGCUAACAACUCUGCUUCUCAUUCUUUUACACUGCUUCAACCGAUGCACUCAUCAAACCAGAAUAAGCAUGACUCGCCAACAUCUGAAGAUUUUUCUUCGUUGGGCUUUGCUCAUCAACCAAACUAG